AGACGCGCAAUCCGAAUUGGCAACGCAUCAGGGGCGAUUGGAGAUGGCCUUGAUCAGCUCUAUCGUCUUGCGCGAGAUGGUGAUGUAGAUGCCAUCACGGCAGACUACCUUGCCGAGUUCAACCUGGCAUGGAAAGCCAUUGAAAUGAUAGAUCGACCUGAUCUCGGAUAUGAACCCCAUUUUCUGGAGCAAUUGGAAUGGAACAAUGGUGAAGCAGCUCGCCUUGUUGCGCAAAAGAGAAUCAAGAUUGUCCAUGAUGGAGGAGCACUAAAUCCCCGGGGACUCGCCGAGAAAGUGCAUGCCUACUUGGGGUCUCAGAACAUUACGUCGUUGAAAGUAGCCUGGGUCAGCGGCGACAACCUUACUGAGCACGUCCGCGGCAACAAAGAUGCAUCGUACCAACAUCUUGAUAUCAAAGGGGCAUUGAUAGGAGGCGACAACAAUAAGAUCCUCGCUGCCAAUGCGUACACCGGACAGCUGGGUAUCGUGGCCGCACUGAAAGCGGGUGCCGACAUUGUCAUCUGCGGUCGAUGCUGCGAUGCAAGCCCGGUCAUGGGUCUCGCUUCCUGGUGGCAUGACUGGAAAACGAACGAUUACGACAAGCUGGCUGGAAGCCUUAUAGCCGGGCAUAUAAUUGAAUGCGGUGCAUAUGCCACGGGAGGUAACUACUGUGGUGCUCGCGAGAUUCCAAAACCCUACCAAGUCGGGUAUCCCAUCGCCGAAAUCGAUGCUGACGGGCAAACCGUCAUUACCAAACCUGCAAACACCAAUGGCGCCGUCACAGUCGAUACGGUCAAAGCUCAGUUCCUGUACGAGAUUCAGGGCUCGCGCUAUCUCAACCCCGAUGUGAUAGCCCGCAUAGACCAGGCGAAGAUUGAGGAGAUUGGCCCAGAUCGUAUUCGCGUUACAGACAUUACUGGCAGUCCUCCCCCUCCAACGGCUAAGCUGGCUAUAUACACUCGCGGCGGCUAUCAGGCUGAGAUUUCGGCCUUUUGCGUCGGUUUGGAGAUUGACGCAAAGGUCAACAUGCUGAAGACGCAAGUACUUCGCGAGCUGGAUCCCGCGGAUUUCACGACUCUAGACAUCACGGCUUACGGCACUGCUGCUACCGACCCAAAGACGCAGGCAGAGUCAACCAUUCAAGUCAGGAUGUUUGUUCAAGCAGAUUCUAAGGAGGCGAUUGAGAAGUUCCGGCGUGCGAUAUUCUAUAAUGGUCAGCAAGGGUAUUGUGGUCUCCAUCUUGCCAUGGAUUGGAGAACGAUGGAACCAAAGCUGUUUGUGAAAUACUUCCCUGCACUCGUCGAUCAGCGGAAGGUAAAUCUCUCUGUUAGCUUCGUGGGACACAAACCUGCCGAAGACAUUUCUGUGCCAAUGUUGGAAGAGUUUGGGGAAUCAUUCCUGGGCCAGGAGAGCUAUGAGACUAUGAACCCUACUGAUAUGGCGCACUUCGGACCAACGAUAAGAAGACCUCUCGGUGAUCUUGUCUUCGGCCGCUCGGGAGACAAAGGCGGAAACGCCAACAUCGGACUCUGGGUGCGUGAUGCUAGUACUUAUCCUUGGCUGCAAUCUUUUCUCACCAUUCCGCGACUGAUUGAUCUACUCGGAGAUGACUGGUCAUCAAAAUAUCGAGUCGAAAGAUUCGAAGCACCGAAUCUGUGGGCGGUGCACUUUGUGGUAUUUGGGAUAUUGCAAGAAGGAGUUAGCUCGAGUAGCGUGAUCGAUGGCUUCGCGAAGAGCUUUGCAGAGUUCGUGAGAGCGAGGAUAGUCGAAUUGCCGUUGGAAUUACUACGCGUUGAGCAGAAGAGGCGG